AUGCCGCCAGAUGCCUCCACGGCGUAUUUACUUUUUGUGUCGCCGAACAGCUGCUUCGCGGAGUUCCCAGUUCGCUGUCAAAGUUGUGCUGCCUCCCAGAAGUGUCAGGUCGCAGGCGAAGUGAGGACGCGUUUCCGUUUUCGUGAAGGUAGGGUCAAACGCCGAGACACCGCAGAAGAAGGGAGGGGGCAUUCCCACGGGUGGUGCGGGAAAAAUUUCACGUGAGUGUUCUUCUUGGAAGCAUUUCCGGAGUUUGUAGGUCGGCCGAGUGCGUCAUAGUUUGACGAUAAUUGCGUAAUUAUCCACCGCCGGGAGCGGAAUAAGUGCGGGAAGAGAGUUUGUUUUGACGGUAUCGUGUUUGGUUUGUUUACUUUUGAAAUUUGGUGAUUUGGUUCCGCGUUCGAGGUGCUGUGAGCGCAUUCUGGAAAGGUGUCUGUAUUGUGCAGUGAGUGAAAUUUAGUGCGGGUGCUGCUGCCCGUCACAUCUUCUGUCGCCGCCGGUGGAGUAUCGUGCUUUGCUGCACGGGACAGGAAUACAGCCGAGGUGACGGCUCCACAGUGUAUCCUCCAGGACUAUAAUGACGGGGGCAGGAAACGUGCACCUCCUAUAAAGUGUUAUCGAACAGCCAAAUAAUUGAUAAAGAGGAAGAUAUUCUUUGACGUAUACAUCCUUGAACCUUGCAACCGUCAAUAUGCGAGAAAAUUCACAUAUCGUCUCAUUCGUACUGUUUUUAUAAUAUAUCACACAUAUGGGAUCUAGACUGGAUCGUAGGAAGAAACGGCGCUAAAAUUUUCAACAUGUGAACUUGUUAUAAGUAUUUGAAACGACCGAGAUUGUAUCACUACAGAGAAAAACGAUUGUAUAACAGUAAAGCUGUCACAUAUUCACCGAUAAUCAUCCUUCGUAGUUACCAUGGGAAAGAUAUUCAACUUUGAUUCUACCAGGCCGUGAGCAAACAGGGAUUUGCAUCGUGAAAUAAUCGUAAUUACGAAGAAGGAACAUCCUUUUGGGUCGUUUCCCAUUUAUUCUUGCAUAUAAUAUGUUAAAACAUAAGCGACAACCAAAACCGAUACGGUGGGGACUAAAAAAAAUCUGUUGGGGACUAAUAAACAUAACAGUUCCAAGGAAGCAGGUUUUGGUGUUAAUAGGUUUAUUUCUUUGUUGCCUGGAGUAUUGAGUUUUGAUUUGCGGUUUGGAUAUGGCUUUCGAAAAGUUGAAAGAUAUUCUGCAGCAUACGCCUCGCAGUUGGAUUGAGACAAAUUUUCACAAACGAGAAUGUGUAAAGUUCGUGCCGAGUACUAAGGACGAGACAAGAUGCUGUUGCGGUCAGUCACGACAACUACAUCCACAAAUUCCUGGUAUAGAAAGUGGGUCGCCAGGUGAUGCAUGGAUACCCCAGAAACAUACUCGAGCUCAACCAACAGAUGCUUAUGGAACAAUAGAAUUCCAAGGUGGUGCACAUCCAACAAAGGCUCAGUAUGUUCGGUUGUCGUUUGAUACCCGCCCAGAAUUGUUGGUGCAGCUUUUCACCAAAGAAUGGAAUUUAGAGUUACCAAAAUUACUGAUUACCGUACAAGGUGGAAAAGCCAAUUUCGAGCUGCAACCAAAGUUAAAAAAGGAAAUCCGAAAAGGACUCUUGAAAGCGGCAAAAACAACAGGAGCAUGGAUUUUUACGGGUGGCACGAAUACAGGUGUUACGAAACAAGUUGGCGACGCACUCUUGCUCGAAGGACAACAACGUACUGGACGAGUAGUCAGCAUUGGUAUCGCUCCAUGGGGAAUCGUUGAACGUAAUCAUGAACUCCUCGGGCACAACCGUGAAGUGCCAUGUCAUAGUAUCAGCUCCCCACGAUCUAAACUGGCCGUCCUCAAUAAUCGGCAUGCCUACUUUCUUCUUGUGGACAACGGCACCAUGGGGAAAUACGGAGCGGAACUAAUUCUACGACGGAAGCUGGAAAAGUUCAUUUCUAACUUGAAAUUGCAUCCGUUCACACAUUCAAGCACUCCAGUGGUUUGUUUAGUCAUUGAAGGGGGUACCAACACGAUUCGAGCAGUUUUAGAAUACGUCACGGACACACCGCCCGUUCCUGUUGUAGUUUGUGAUGGAUCAGGACGAGCUGCGGAUAUUAUAGCUUUUGUGCACAAAUAUGCAGCAGAUGGCGAGGAGCAACCCGUUCUGGAAUCAAUGCGUGAUUACCUAAUCACCACAAUACAAAAGACUUUCGACGUGGGCUAUGAACAAGGGGAUAAAUUAUAUCAAGAACUUUUACAAUGUACUAGGAAUAAGAAUUUGAUAACAGUAUUUCGAAUACAAGAGAAAGCUGAUGGCGAACCCCAAGAACUCGAUCAGACAAUAUUAACGGCCUUAUUUAAGUCGCAGCAUCUAAGCCCUCCUGAGCAGCUGAGUCUUGCUCUAACGUGGAAUCGUGUAGACAUUGCUAGAAGCGAAAUUUUUGUCUAUGGACAAGAAUGGCCACCAGGUGCUCUUGAUGAAGCAAUGAUGCAAGCACUAGAGCACGAUCGUAUCGAUUUCGUUAAGUUGCUUUUAGAAAACGGCGUUUCAAUGAAGAAAUUUCUGACAAUACCACGAUUAGAAGAAUUGUAUAAUACAAAACAUGGACCAGCUAACACAUUAGGAUAUAUUCUUAGAGAUGUAAGACCACACAUACCAAAGGGAUACGUUUACACAUUGCACGACAUAGGAUUAGUCAUAAAUAAAUUAAUGGGCGGCGCUUACAGAUCUUAUUACACGCGCCGGAAAUUCCGGCCUAUUUACGCCAAAGUUAUGAACAGCUAUGCCAACGCUCAUAGGAAGUCAUCGACAUUCCAAAGAUUUGCCGGGGCGAACUCCAUGAGUCUGGUCACAGGACUUUUGCCCUUUACAUCCGAAAUGGCACUUUUCGAGUUCCCUUUCAAUGAACUCCUGAUGUGGGCCGUGCUUACAAAGCGGCAACAAAUGGCCUUGUUAAUGUGGACUCAUGGGGAAGAAGCUUUAGCCAAGUCACUUGUUGCAUGCAAGCUUUAUAAGGCAAUGGCCCACGAAGCGGCAGAGGAUGACCUCGAUACAGAAAUCUACGAUGAGCUAAGGAAUUAUGCAAAAGAGUUUGAAACGAAGGGGAUAAAGUUACUUGACUUUUGCUAUAGACAAGAUGCUGACAAAGCCCAAAGACUUUUAACAUGUGAACUUCACUCAUGGUCGAGCCAAAGUUGCCUGUCGCUGGCGGUGGCAGCUAAUCAUCGCGCCCUAUUAGCCCACCCUUGCAGUCAAGUAAUUCUAGCGGACUUGUGGAUGGGUGGCUUGAGAACGAGGAAGAAUACUAAUUUUAAGGUUAUAUUAGGAUUGUUAUGUCCACCUUUUAUCAAAAAACUAGACUUCAAAUCAAAAGAAGAAUUACAAUCUAUGCCGCAGACUGAAGAAGAGCACUUAGAAAAUCAAAACUUAGAUUAUGAAGAUAUGGAUCGUAAUCACCCUGAUGCUGAGAAUGCGCUCGAAAAAGCGAAACGUUCACUUUCGCUUCGAACCAGAAAAGGACCAAAUCCUACGGCCCAGGCGUUACUGGCGGAAACAUAUUCAUUGCGUGACACUAAAGUCCAGGAAAAUGGCAAAGUCGGUCUCACGGGAGUCGAAGCAUCAAAGAAAGUUUCUCUAUCUGAAUCGGAUCCGUCGCAGUACAGGGAAUUUCUAAACAUGUCGGACUACGAAGUCAAACAACAUCAACCACUCAGGCUUAAGAAAAAAAUUUACGAAUUCUACACAGCACCUAUUACAAAAUUUUGGGCAGAUUCGAUGGCCUAUGUCUUCUUUUUGCUAAUGUUCACUUAUACAGUGCUAGUGAAAAUGGCGCCUACCCCCCGAUGGCAGGAAAUCUACUCAAUAGCAUACAUAACUACCUUAGGUUGUGAGAAAAUUAGGGAAAUUAUAUCAUCGGAACCAGUAGCAAUAACUCAUAAAUUUGCCGUAUGGGCUUGGAAUAUGUGGAACCCUUGUGAUGCUGCAGCGAUAAUUUUGUUUAUGAUUGGCUUAGCAUUGCGAUUCCGUCCCAACACGAUGGACAUUGGUCGAGUGAUAUAUUGUGUUGACAGUAUCUAUUGGUAUCUAAGGAUUCUAAAUAUAUUAGGCGUUAAUAAAUAUUUAGGGCCGCUAGUCACGAUGAUGGGGAAAAUGGUGAAAAAUAUGAUUUACUUUGUCGUAUUAUUGGCAGUUGUACUGAUGAGUUUUGGAGUCAGUCGGCAAGCUAUCUUAUUUCCAAAUAAUGAUCCGGACUGGAGACUUAUAAGAGAUGUAUAUUAUCAACCUUACUUCAUGUUAUAUGGUGAGGUGUUCGCUGACGACAUUGAUCCCCCUUGUGGGGAAGACCCAUCUCAGCCUGCUUGCGUUACUGGCCACUGGGUAACUCCCAUAACGAUGUCAAUGUAUCUUUUGAUUGCUAAUAUUCUACUCAUUAACUUACUGAUUGCCGUAUUCAACAAUAUCUUCAUAGAAGUAAAUGCGGUUUCACACCAGGUUUGGAUGUUUCAACGUUUCACGGUCGUUAUGGAAUAUCAACAAAAGCCAGUACUGCCACCGCCAUUAAUUGCUUUUUGUCACUUUUAUUCUAUGCUCAAAUAUUUUAUAAGGAAGGCUAAAGGUAAACAAUUUUGUCUUGAGGUGCCUCGUGACAACGGAUUGAAACUAUUCUUAGAGAAGGAUGAUCUUGAACGACUUUAUGAUUUCGAGGAGGAAUGCAUUGAAGGCUAUUUUCAUGAACAGGAAAUUUUAAUGAAUCAGUCAACGGACGAACGAAUUAAAUCAACCACCGAACGUGUUGAAAAUAUGUCACAAAAAAUCGAAGAUAUAAACCAAAAGGAAAAUAUUCAAUCGGCCACGGUUCAGAACAUUGAUUUUAGAAUCCGGAAAGUUGAGGAGUCAGCGGAGCAAAUACUUGCACAUUUAGCUGUAAUUCACCGAUUUAUGUCAGCCCACACCCAAGAGAAUUUACAAGUUUCCACAUCAAAUAUCCCCGCUGAACUGAGGCAACGAACUGUCUCUGAAGCUGACGAGAUGAGUCAAUUCCAAGCAAAUCGAAGUAAAUUCAAUCGUUCGCUAACUGAAGUACGACCGGACGCAUAUAUUUUUGACGAUGGUACCCAUUUCGAAGUAGUUCCAGUUCCUGAAGAAAAAGAAGCUGUGAAAUCGCCAGAAAUGCUUAUUGAGCCUCUCCAAACACGGAAAGUUUCAGUACAAUCUGAAGACUCGGAUAUCUAUCCAUCCCCCGUAACACCGCGCCCACCAACUGUUGAAAGCGUGAAAAAACCACCCUUCUUGAAUAUAAGACAGGAAACCACAACAAGUACAGAAAGCAAGGAUACUCUCACACCACUUGGAAAUAAUGAUGAUCGCACAUUAAUUGGAGCAGAUGUUGGAUCCGAGGAGAACAUAAUGGAUCUCAAUUUUGAGACUGCAAAACAACGUGCGAUUCGCAAUCGAACUGUGUCAGCCCUAUACCGGAGGAAUUCGGAGAGUUGCUCUAACCAUGAUCUAAAUCGGUCCCAACUGAGUUUAAAUGCCUUAUUCCUGUCACGAAGGCAAGUUAGUCUCACCCAAUCCGAACCAGAUAGUGGAAACGAACAAUUUGGAUCAGCAAAACCAGUAAUGCCAGUGAAACCAUCACGCAAUUUGCUUCUUCAAUUUCAUGCUGAGUACACAUCCAUUACUGACGAGCUGGAAAGCGUUUGUCAAUUGAUUGCAUCACCAACAACGUCAUUAACAGGUGUCCCAGAACGUCAAAAGAAAACGAAUGAAAUGUCCAAAGCACAGUUUGCUGCACUACUCGAGAAAAAACAUUUGGUUGAAUGCGAGGAACAUGAUUACAUGAUUUUGCAGGACCUGUUUCAGGAAAGAUCAGUGGACACAGAUGAUUCAACAGAGAUUACUGGUUUUGAGUUUAGCCAACGACAUCCCCUUCGAAGAGAAACUGCCAUUGAACUGUCGCCCUCGAAACCUUCAGGCGGAUCCCACAGGAAUGAAAGUGGUGGCCAAGAUACAGUCCUUAGAACACGUCACCUUUCAACAGAUGUUCCACCAAUUCGGACGCAGCCCCACAGCUAUAUGCGGACUACCAGCGAGUUUUUGAAUACUUCCCAACCUGACAAUACCCUGAUAUUUCGAAAGUCUAGCGAAAGUUUACAAAAGAAUUCAAGCACAGAAACAGACUAUUCAGCUCAACCGUACAAAGUAAUCAAACAAAGCUCAAACGAUACAACAACCUCUAUGACAGGGUCAUUUAAUAUCGACAACGCUUCAUUAACAAAUGAUAUUUCCAUCGACGGAGAAGCAAGCAAUACUACCAUCAUCGAUACGAAAUCAACUACACCACUUCGAACUGCUUCUUUUGGUGGUCUAGAUGUGCGGGCUGCCCAGGCUGCAGACCAGUCUCUUGUUCCCACUAGAUCAGCAGUCCUCAAAAAGCAAUACAGUGUUGACCAAAGUAAAUACUCACCGCAACGAACGGUUUCAGAGUCGGAUAAAACAGACAUUACUAUGAAAAAACCCACACCAGGAGCAAGUUCAGUACUUAAAAGUUCACUAAAACCGCCAACAACCUCAAAAUCUGGAUUGAAUAUCUUGAAAGAAAGUAGCUCAAGUACAGAAGAACCGAAGGACGAGCGCACAAACAUCCCAACUAUCAGUACAAAUCUCGUCCAGGAUGAAAUUGCCAAACUUUCGUCAAACAUUAAAAGCAGCACUGAGUCGGAGAAAGAUCCGCCUUACAAUGAAACAAUGUGCUGAUGUUUUACUAUAACGAAUGGCGUUAACUAAAUAGGAAAUUUUUAUCACUAUAAUAGUUAAUUUUACACAUAAAUUCUGUUUUGUAUGAAAUCGUAUCACACUGUUAUAUUUUACCUUGUUAGAUUCGGAAUUUUAAAUAGCAAAUUGUAUAUUUUGUAUUUAUGUAAAAAUUAUUUUUUAAGGAAAUUUUACAAAAUCAUUGUCCUAUAUUGUAAAAAUGAUCUUAGUUGUUAAGUAGUAUUGCCAGCAUAAUAUUUGCUAAGUCGAUUGUAUAUUUUAAUAUUAAUUUUGUCAUUUAUAUAAGAAUUUUCGAAUUCUUGGUGUUAAAGUCGACUAAGAACAAGUCGGGGUCGGAAUUUCGUUAGCGAGUAUCGCAAAGACAAAAUUGCCUAAAAUAUUAAUUUCGCGUGACGCGAACGAUACGAUUUGCCAAGAUCUUUAGAAAAUUAUGAAAAAUUAGGAAAGCCUAGACAGAGAUAAGAUAAAUUCAUAAAUAUCAUUGGAUUUAUAUGGGAGAUUUGUUGAAAGUAAAAUUCUAUAUUUAUUGGAACUCCCUAUUAGGCACACAACUUCAAUUCUGCAGCCAUACGCAGUUUUCGUACUAUCAGUAAUGUUUAAAUUAAGUUGAUGAGUCUUGCUGCCUGUUUUCUCGUCUCACGAUAUUAAAAUUCCGCUUUUCAAAAUGUCAAAAUCAUUUAAUUUUUAACAUAUAUUUGAAACGGAUUUCCUGACUUCCACGAGUUACAAGUCUACUUUUAGUAUUAAAUCAUCCGGAAAGCAACCGCCCAGUAUAUGAAACAGAAUCUGCCAAAGGCGAUAAAAUGUUAUCAGAGACUAGGAAUAAUUUGCAUAUCAUGUUAAAUCGAUUCGUUAAUUUUAUCACGUUGUUUAGUUACCAGAUCGAUCAGAGUUAAUGUUAGGAAUAACAACGAAACGGAAAAUUUAAAUAUAUUAUGACGCUCCUGACAAUCAAUAUUGCCUCUCCUGAACAUUUGUUUAAGUUUGCUUGAACUUUUUCGUGGUAUAUAUUUUCAUAAUAGUAAUAUUGUAAAAAACUAUGAGGGAACUCUUAUAUUAAUCAAGUUUUGGUUUCAGCACCACUACAGGCUUCAGUGUUCUUCACAACAUAUCCGAAGUAGACGAAAACCUGUCGGAUGCGGCAGGUGAAGAUGGACUAUUUUGUUCUUUUUAAGGUUUUGUGUAAACACAAAACCUUAUUAAAAUCGGUUUACUGUCUGUAUGUAUGUCUGUCUGUCUGUCUGUCUGUCACACGUAUUUUUCUCGGAGACUGUUACAGCGAU